UAUUUCUUUCCAACUUCAGCUACAGUGAUAGCUAAGUUUGGAGGGGAGGAAGAGGGAGAUACGCGGCAUUUUUGUUCUUUUUUGACGCAGUUAGAUGAAGAAAUAGUCAUCAAGCAAAUACAGUUUGAAGCGCAUACGCCAGGUCUACUUUCAGCUUUAAAAUGGAAAACUCUGCACCCAAGAAGACAUGUUGUGAAUCUAUUCGAGAUUUCUUCACCUCAGCAAAAUUCCUUAUCUAUAUGGGACAUGCCCUGUCAACGUGGGGCGAUCGAAUGUGGAACUUUGCUGUGGCUGUGUUCCUGGUAGAGCUGUAUGGGAACAGCCUCUUGCUCACAGCGGUGUACGGGCUGGUGGUGGCCGGCUCUGUGCUGCUGCUGGGGGCCAUCAUUGGGGACUGGGUGGACAGGAACCCCAGACUCAAAGUGGCCCAGACUUCUUUGGUCGUCCAGAACAGUUGCGUCAUCGCGUGCGGGAUUCUCCUUAUGGUGGUUUUCCAAUUCAAAGAACAGCUCGCGGAGGUUUACAAUGGAUGGAUCCUGACCACCUGCUACAUUCUGGUGAUCAGCAUUGCCAACAUGGCCAACCUUGCCAGCACAGCUACAUCCAUCACCAUCCAGAGGGACUGGGUGGUUGUUGUUGCGGGUCAGGACAGCAGCAAGUUGGCAGACAUGAAUGCCACCGUGCGGAUUAUUGACCAGCUGACCAACAUCCUGGCUCCUAUGCUUGUGGGCCAGAUAAUGUCCUUUGGCUCCCACUUCAUUGGCUGUGGCUUCAUCUCAGGAUGGAACCUGUGCUCCAUGUGUGUGGAGUACAUGCUGUUGUGGAAGGUCUAUCAGAAGACGCCGGCAUUGGCUGUGAAAGCUGGUCAAAAGGAACAGCAUGAAGAGCAGGAGCUCAAACAGCUCAGCCCUUUGAAAGAAUCAGAGAACAGCCAAAGUCCUGAGGAGUCAUCUCAGCCACUAAUGAAUGAAACCUCAGUGGUGGUCAAGCUGGACUCCCCUAAACAACGAGACUGUUGCGAUCAGGUGGCCGAACCCGUACGCACCUUCAAGGCUGGCUGGGUGGCCUAUUACAACCAGAACAUUUUCUUUGCUGGCAUGUCCCUGGCGUUUCUCUACAUGACAGUACUAGGAUUUGACUGCAUCACCACAGGCUACGCCUACACACAGGGCCUCAACGGCUCUGUCCUCAGUCUACUGAUGGGAGCCUCUGCGGUGUCGGGCAUUUGUGGCACCGUUGCCUUCACAUGGGUUCGCAAGAAGUGUGGCUUGAUCCGCACUGGCUUCAUCUCCGGCGUAGCCCAGCUGUCUUGUCUUAUGCUGUGCGUUGUCUCUGUCUUUGCUCCCGGGAGCCCCUUAGACCUCAGCGUCUCCCCCUUCCAGGACAUUUACACCCACUUAAUUGGACAGCAGAUGCUUCCUGAGGCCGGCAACAGUUUCACUAGUGCCCUUACUGGCGAGAACACUACUACUACCACCAGUGCACCAGCUGAAGAUCUGCCAACGGUGAAGACCUACAUGUCUGUUGGCUUGCUGUUUGCUGGUGUCAUUGCUGCGAGGGUUGGCCUGUGGUCCUUUGAUCUGACGGUGACGCAGCUCAUCCAGGAGAAUGUGAUCGAGUCAGAGCGAGGUGUGAUCAACGGUGUCCAGAACUCCAUGAAUUACCUCUUAGACCUGCUGCACUUCAUCAUGGUGAUCCUGGCACCAAACCCGGAGGCAUUUGGUCUGCUGGUCAUCAUCUCUGUGUCCUUCGUGACCAUGGGUCACAUCAUGUACUUCCGAUUUGCCUUCAAGAGUCUGGGUAGUCGUCUGUUCCUCUGCUGCUCGCCGGAGCAGAAGGUGGAGACGGACGACAUCCAUUCACCUCCUACCACGGUCUAAUGUGGCUGUCCUUAGUAUAUCUUUCUCUACUCUAGCCUUACAGUGCUGACACUUGACUAACAUCUCCACAUGUAGCCGAUUGAGUGAUUGUCUUAACAUGAGAAAGCUUCCUUCCAGUUGUGUGUUAAAAGGAAGCUUUACUUGCAGCAGGAGCACAAGUGAGAGUUUUACAAGUUUAGAUUAGGCAGAUUUUUGGGUAAACGGCAAGGGAUGCUCGUCUGGCUGCAUCACAGUGUGAUGUAAAAGUUCUUGUACCAUCAGAAGGAUUAAAUAAGUGCAGACGGUAUGCUUCUCAUUAGCAGCCGCAUCACACAUUUGAAAUACAUGCAGCGUUGCAGUGACUUCAUUGGUGCUUGAGUGUAGAGCCAUAUGUGUGUUAGCUCACACACGACAAACAGGUUGGGAGUUUUUUUAUUUUUAUUUUAACCAAACAACACAGGGAUCUCGUCUUUUUUUGUGUGGUUCUCAAAGGUUGAAAUGGACUGUAUUCAGGAAAUGCAGGUUGUGUCUUUUUGAUGAAUGUGUCAUCAUUCUUGGUAUGCAACCACUUCAUUUACUCUCAGUUGCCAAAGUCUUGGUUCAUAUGUGGUCUAAAAGGAUACGAGGGAAUCCAUGAUCCAGUUUGAAUCUCUCCAAAUAUCUGUUUUGCAUCAUCAAGGAUUCCGUAUAUAUUGUCCUACCGACUGUUAUUGUACCCAAUGCUUGUUUUGCUUGUUAAUGUCCUCAUAUAGCCCCCUCUGAUGUGUUGUAGUUCUCUAGGAUUUUUCCAGUUGAUUUUUACGCCAGCACUUUAAGUGAUUGACAUCCGUCAUUAGGCCCCCGCCUGAUGUCUGAUCUGAUAGUUGAUCAUUUGUUUUGCACAAGUCCGAAAUCCAGAUUCCUUACCAAGAGGUGGGGUGUGGCCUGAAAACGCACUCGUAGCUGUACAGUUGAUACCCGCAUAGUCAUAACCCCGCCCCCAUUUUGUGCUUAUAAUCUCCGGAACGAGGCCGUUUAUUGGAAGAAUCCCCAUUUGCCCAACAUUGCGCAGAAAGUAGCUGGAGGCAAACUUCCACUUGCUUGAGGUGCUUUUUAUAUGCUGUGAAUGAUCUUGAUACUUCCAUUCUUACUCACACGUCACAAACCAACAGCAGCUUAACCCAAAUGGCUACCUCGCUCACGGUGCAACCAAAAACCCCACGUGGAACAUGCAAUGCACCUACGGACUAUGCAGGCAUCGAAAUGGACGAUUACCUACUGAUACACGUGCAAAACAAUACUGUUGUAAACAAAUUUACAAGCUGCAAGGCAUGCUGGGAAGCCCACACACACACACACACACACACACUUCAACAGGAAGUUACCCAGCAUGGCUUGGGGGUUAUAAUUUGUGUAAAUAGUAUUCAUCUACAUGUAUAUUAGUGUGUAAGCAUUUAUUUCAGUACUCGCGUAGUCCAUGGGGUGCAGUCACAUCAUGUGUUCCACGUGUUGCGUGUGCUAUUGUACAUCGUGAGCGAGGGGGGGAUGUUUAGUUUGAUGAGUUAAUGUCAAAAUAAACUUUUUUUUUAAUGGAAAUUUCAAUGACUUGCCAUUCGUGGGUGGUCCUGGACCGUAGCCCCUACGAAAACCGGGAAUCUACUUGUUCAGUAACUCCCUGUGAGGUAGGAAGUCUGACUGCGGGCAGGCCAAGUUUACCUUGGCAAUUCCCAGUUUGGUUCUGAAGGUGGGAUAAUAGCCUGCGUAGCCUUAAAAUGGUAAGGUGUACCUCAAUGUUUGCAUAUGUUCCAGGGUUGUUACAGAUUCAGUCAAGGGGUAAGUGAAAAACGUAAUGAGUAUCUUAUAUCGAAUAACUGCAGAAGUCAUGAUGUCUUUCCCGUCACGCAGAGUUGAGCCACAUGGAUUAGUCCACAAAGGCUCUUUAGGCCUUACUCGAGUCUCGCUCUGGUGAUCAAAAAGUGGCUGCACCCCACCCAGGAAAUGAUUUCGGUUAUGGUGCAGACACUUGUAUUGGACAUAGAGAUAUCACACUACACGUUGGAGCGCGGUGGGCUAGGGCUGUACUUGCACCAGUGCUACCGUCUCUUGAAAAUGGAGCUCGGUUAUCAUUUUCUAAAAUCAGGAAGAGUUCAAAAGGCCAUAAACUAUUUUAAGUGUAAACAAAUACAGACAAUUGUAUAAAUCAAAUUGGGAAAAACAUGUGGGUAUUGUCUUUUUUUUUAAUGUUUUUUUAUAUACCUUGUGUUAUCUUUUUGUGUGAUAUAAUCAAUUAUACUACAUUACAUGAAAGUAAAUUUAUCUGUAUACAUAAUGUGUAUUUGUUUUUUUUUGGCAAAAAGAUUAAUCAGAAGUUCAUUUUGUAUGUGUCACUCCAUAGAAUACAGAUUGACACCAACGUUUAUAAUGCAUGAGGUGUCUUAAAUAAACAACCUGCAGUAUU